AUGCGGCUCUAGUUCGUCUGGCGUUCUUAUCGUGACACCUUUAAAAGCGAAUUUUCUCGCGAUGUUCUCUCAGUUGUGUGUUGAUAGUGACUAGUUGGGCAUCUUGGUUUCAGGCCAAGUAGGUAUGUGGUCCAAAGUUCGCAUGAAGCCAAUAUAGUUUUGUAGAAGUUAUUGUGUUUACUAUCAGGACUUCACCAACCACGUGUUCCCAAUAUCAAAGUAUUAUCGACCUACGUUUGGUAUUUAAAGUUAUUUCGGGAUUUCUGACCUGUGUUGUAUCCUGAGAACGUGUGAACCCUGUUGAGGAAAAACUUUGCCAUUUCUUAUAAUCGUAUCCUCAGAGAACCAUCAUGAUGAAUCAUCUCGUUUGUUUACCGGACGGAAAGUGGCCGCUGAUUCUGAGCUGCGGCGCCCUAGUGCUGACGGUGGGCUCCCUGAUAGCCAUCAGUGUGUCGCUGGAGACGGCCUACAUGUGGCUGCUGGUCGUCCUCAUGGCCACGCUCUUCCUCACCACAUUCACCUGCUCUCCCAAGCGGACGCAGAUUGUCGAGCCGGAAUCAGCUGAGGUUUCCGGUUCCCAGCCUUUUUGGAUAGUCGAUCUGCCACCGACGUACGCACACGUGAUAGGCUCAGCUACACCGCCUCCCAGCUACGCGGCCAUCCACCAUCUGCCACCAAAGUACGAGGAGAUCAAGGUCGACCUCAGGGACCCCAACCUCUACCGGUACUCACUGGCGCAUCAGCUCGAAAACAACAUGUUUGACAACUUCCAUCGUGCUCAAAGAAACUCGGCCAAUCGAGCCAGUCUGGCCAGUGUGCAUUCCACUUGAUGAGGCUGGUCACACACUGAUCGAACAAAUGUUUUUUGAAAAGUUUUGUUGAGACAGUCUGGCCAGUGUGCACUCCACUUGAUAAGGCUGGUCACACACUGAUCUAACAAAUGGUUUUUGGAAGGUUUUGUUGAGACAGUCUUGCCAGUGUGCACUCCACUUGAUGAGGCUGGACACACACUGAUCGAACAAAUGUUUUUUGAAAAGUUUUGUUGAGACAGUCUGGCCAGUGUGCACUCCACUUGAUAAGGCUGGUCACACACUGAUCUAACAAAUGGUUUUUGGAAGGUUUUGUUGAGACAGUCUUGCCAGUGUGCACUCCACUUGAUAAGGGCUGGUGACACACUGAUAAAAAAACAAUUCUUGAAGAAACGUUUCGCACAGAGACGCCGCAACCCUAUCAUGCAUUUGAAUGAAUCUACAACAUUUACAGAAUGAAUCUGCAUUUGAAUGCAUCAUUAUCUACAGUAGCUUGAGAUGCGUUGUUCUGUAUGGAGACGACACCUUGGUAUGGAAAAACACCUUGUAUAGUUUUUGGAUUUUUCUGCGAUUACCUCACAGCUAAAUUGCUCAGAGUAGAUUGUAGAAAACCAUGUUUUGUACUGAGAAUGUCCAAUGUAAAUGUGAUCGCAUUUAGAAUUUAAUACUUCCACAUGACUUACAGAAUCUGUAGAAAGCUAGAUUGAAUAUAGAUUUCAAUAUAGAAAUAAUGCUUAAACGAAUAAUUGAAGGUUUUUAUUUGUUUUUGGAUGAGUGAUGGAUCUAUAUGAGCCCCAUGCUGCUGCUUUGUUUCUUAGAUUGAAUUCAACACUUGCAAACUCAAUUUUAAUUUCAAAAAUUUGAUUGAUGGUAGAACUGAAGCAUAAUGAGUUUUUCCCUGUUUUUUUUUUUUUUCUAAAAAUGACGUCCUUAUGAGCAGCAUGCUUCUACCUUUUUGAAAGGACGGUAGAGAGAAGAGAUUCAAAUAUACUUUGGCUGAUUACAAUAUUCAAUAUUGUAAUCGUUCUGGAAAUGUUCUAUGUGGGAACGAAUCAGUGGAUAUAUAGUAUAAAAUGGAAUGUAUCCUAGAAUAAGUUUGUAAUGAAUGUUAUUGAUGAUGUUAUGUAUAGAGUAUAUAGAUUUUGUUAACUGUGUCUUAACUGUUGUAAGGUAUUAAAUUUACCUUACAGCAUAUUAGAGAAUGUUGUGCCUUACUUCAUUGAUCUUCGCAUCUAAUCUGUUCAAAAUUUCAAUAAUUACAAAUUUGUAACACUGUUGAGCGUUUUUUAGAAUAUUAUUUUGAUUGUGUUUGUUACAAUCAGUAGAAAUAUUCAUCAUUAUUUUCAAAGAGCUUUAUAUUUUGACUUCUUACUGGUUUGAAGAAAUUAAAUUGUAAACAUUGUAAAACAAUGUUUUGGCUGAACUUUCUUCAUAGAAAACUCAUGACCAAGAACAUUCCCCCUAUAUUUAUUUUUCUCAAAUUUUAUCAUCAUUUGAACAUUGUUUUAAAGAAAGAUCAAUGUUUUAAGAAACAAGAUUGGACAGUGAACUAUUGAUAUUAUUUGUUUUUCACAAGUUAAUUUUUGUAUUUGUUCAAAACUUGUAUGGAAUGUAUAAAAACUUGUUUCUUUUUGUUAAUAAUAUGGAACUGUUGUUCUUGGGAUCAAUUUCUGUGCAUUUUUAUUUUAGAAACAUGAACUCUCUUUUAGAGCCUGAAGAUUGGUGGUUUUAUAGAAUCUUCUUCAUUCUGAAUGCUUCAAAUUCACUCCCAUCUCUCCC